UGCGUCUCCCAUUAACCAUCUUUACAUAUGUAUUGACCAUUUUCUAUUGACUUGGAUUUUAAACUUUCUGGUCACAUGAUUUACUUUUUAUCAGUUGGUAUAUUUCGUCUAUAUUAGCGUGUUUGUUAAUUGCAUAUUCGUUUGAGUACUAGGCUUCUAGGAAUUCCCUGGCACUUUUGGUGUUUCCUCUGUCUUAGAUUUCCACAUUAUCCCAAUCAAACUGAUGAAUUCAUCCUAACAUACAUGAGAAAUAUCUCUGAAAUAACAGCUGGAAUACUGAAACCGUUUGAUAUAGAUAUAGCACACAAGCCAGUCAAAUCACUUUAUUCGAUAUUGUGCAAACCAAAAGAUCCAACAGAAAAAGGAGAUAAAAUUAAAACCAUUUACAAAAUAAAUAGUGUGAACUGUAACAGGCAUUACAUCGGCCAAAGUGGGUGUCCCCUUCGAAUCAGAAUCCAGGAACACAAAUCAGCCGUGAAAAGACAUGAUAUAAAUUUUUUCACAUCAAUGCAUACAGAAAAUUAUGGACAUCAGUUUGAUUGGGAUAAUGUCGAAAUCUUGGACAGAAGAAACACCAAAAGUGCCAGACAAUUCCUAGAAGCUUGGUAUUCAAAUGAAAAUGCAAUUAACAAACACAUUAAAUAUAGACCAAAUAAACCAACUAAUAAAAAGUAAUAUCCAAGUGUUGGGUUGUAGGGAUUUGAUUGGUUUACAGGAUUUCAUCAUGAUGAAAUCCUGUAAUAAAAAAUAAAUCAGGUGACCAGAAAGUUUAAAAUCCAAGUCAGUAGAAAAUGGUCAAUACAUAUGUAAAGAUGGUUAAUGGGAGACACAAUUCCAUCACUCAUGAGGAAAUUUGAAUCAUUUCACUUUAUGCUAAAUAUUGAGCUGAAGUUGUUGUCCAGAAGGACGACGAAAGAUCCGCAACUAAACCAA